CCGAUAUAGAAUGACAGCACAUUGCCACAAUUUAAAUGACGCUGCCUUUGCCUCUUUGGAAGGACAGGUCCUCCAGAGAGCACAGCCACAGUCCACCCUUGCACAAAGCGUCUUCACCAUGGCAUAUAAAGCUGCACACUUGGCCUUUAAGUCGCGCUGGCACAAGACAGACGAAGAACUCUGCCGGCACAGUAUGUCCUUCGUCUUGCAUACAGCAAUCCGUAAUGACUUCUUUCAGAGUUACCUUUAUCUGCUGGAAAACCUUCCCCUGGUGAAACUUUACGCUUUGACAAGUCAAGUUAUCAAUGGGGAGAUGCAGUUCUACGCCAGGGCCAAACACUUCUACCGCGAGGUACCAGCCACGGAAGAGGGCAUGAUGGGAGACUACAUUGAGCUCUCCAAUACAGACGUUGAAUCCUCCAGGGAGUUUCUCAGGAAGUUUGUUGGGGGGGUGGGGAAAGCUGGCACCAACCGCGCCCUGGACUGCGGCUCUGGGAUAGGUCGUAUAAGUAAGCAUGUCCUGCUACCAGUUUUCAAGAGCGUGGAAUUGGUGGAUAUGAUGGAGAAUUUCCUGGCUGAGGUCCCAAACUACCUGCAGGGAAAGGAGGACAGAGUAGAGAUGUAUUAUUGCAAAAGCCUCCAGGAAUUCACUCCAGCCCCACAAAGAUACGAUGUCAUCUGGAUUCAGUGGGUUUCAGGAUACCUGACAGAUAAAGAUCUCCUGGAGUUUCUUAUCCGGUGCCAGAGUGGCCUAAAGGAUAAUGGUGUUAUCAUUCUCAAGGACAAUGUAGCCAGGGAGGGCUGUAUCUUGGAUUGUCUGGAUAGCAGUGUGAUUCGAGACCUGAACAUCCUCCACAGCCUCAUUGAAAUGAGCGGACUCACCAUUCUACGGGAAGAGAGGCAGGAGGGAUUUCCCGAGCAGUGUGUCCCUGUCUGGAUGCUGGCCAUGCAGAAAGGCCCUGGCCAUUCCUGACUGCACAGGGAGCCCGCAGAGACUGGACUGGGGAUGAACCGCAAGACUGGAAAGCGGAAAAGCACCUACUGGAACCCUGCUAACCACACACUGCAACUACUACCACUCUAGGGCAGCUACUCCUAAAGGAUCAGGAGAAGAUGAGAAUUGAGACAGCUUCUCCAGGGAAUGAUUUGCUUCUAAAUCCUGCCCAUUUUUAUGAUUCUCUUCAUUUUAAAAGCCUUUCUAACAGCUUCUUUUCACAUGUCUCAUUUAUCAAAGAGUCAAAACUGGACAAAACUCCAGUAACAGAAAGCAAUUAGGUCUGAAGUUUCUGUAGUGGCUAAUCCAUUUUGGAGUGUUCUGUAUGAGGUGUUAACAAAUAAGCCUGGUUUUUACUGUGGUACUUAAAUCUUCCUGAAAUUUAAGAAGGAUAUGUCAGAUCAUUCAAGCAGGAAAUUCAAACGACUUCUGGAAAACCUAACCCAAAUUUUGACUGUCAUCACCAUCUGUACUUCAUAAUAUUUAAACCAAAAAUAUAAGGAAAGUUCUAUCCAUUUGUUGGCAUCAGCUAUACACCUUAUUCAUGGUUUGCAUUUCUGUCACUUCGGACAAUAAGAUAACCUGGGUAAUCUCCCAUUUUUAGGAACUAUUUCAUCUUCCUUAUGUUUCUGUCAUGGGACAAUAGUGGUGCGUAAAAGGCUUCACGCUCCAGGGGAAAACUUGGAAGACGAAUAUAUGCAUGUUUGCAUUGAAAUUUUGUGAAAAGAUUGCCCCACAAACUACAUUCUGGAAAACAGUUUUUCAAAAUGUUCACAGUGGAAACCACUUAAAAGCUUCUCUUUAUUAUUCAUACCACUGUAAAUUUCUUUCUUUCCCACAUUCAGAAUGAGUCUGGCACCAUAUGCAGAGCUAAUGGGAUUUCAUGGAGUGUUAAUAGUAAGACUGUGAGAAGAACUAAUACAGUAUUGUAUUAAUUAGCAACUGUACUAAACUGCAGAGGGUGUUGGUGUAGCCCAAAAGCAUCUAUGAUUUAUAUUCAAACAGCAGCUCUAUAAGUCUGGAUUGGAAAACACUAACACACAUAAAGGUUCACAGAAAUGACACAUUUAGUUUCUUGUCCUUUUCAUACAGGCACCAAAAGUGCUGUGGGAAGACAAAAGGUAAUUUUGAAAAAAAAAACCUCAGAAUUUGAAAUUCUACUUCAUUCAGGAUGAGGACAAGAAGGCAGAAGUUUGAAAUUCUUUAAGAAAAAAAAAACAAACAAACAGACAGCCACAGACUUUUCCAAGUUUAUUAAAAUUGUUCAUCCAGACAUAAUCAAAUGUUGUUAUUGAAUUUGACUUUUUUAAAAAAUUGCACUUAAAAUAUUAUUACAUCCAGUUAAAAGCAAAUUAAAUAUGUCUUGUUCAAAAUUUUAGAAAGUAUUGAUAACAUUAGAAUGGAGUUUUCUGACUCUGUCAGAACUUUUAUCAUUUUUUAUUCCCCUGAAACGCAAUUCUGGCAAAACUUCUCAGGCUUUUUAAAAAGAGUUGCAUUAUGACAACCCUCCACCUUCUGAUGGAAAGGGGUUCUAUGAAACAUCCUCCAUGCGAAUGCAGGCACAAUUGCCUAUGUGAAAUAUUGUCAUCUGUGUUAGAUUAACUCACAGAAAAGCCUGAAGAUAAGGAGCUCAAGGAACCCCUCAGCUGGAUUUUGGUUCAUUUUGCCAUGCUUUGAUAACAAAUCUCCAGUUUUGGUUUUAAUUGCAUAACUCUUCUCCAGCAAUAUGGUUGCAUAUGUUGAGAAUUUCCAAUUUAUGGCAGAGGGCUUCCUGCCAUCAAAUCUUAUUGAAUAAUCAUUCUCUUAAUGUGCUGUCACUAAUUGUAGCAUUAAGGUCAAAAGCACUGUUGGUUAGGUGGAUAUUCUGGUGUGCCUUACAACCUAGAAACUUGUGGUUUCCAUGGCACAGAUGCUUCUGGAAUAUUUUGGCUAAUUCUUCCAUUCUAAUCAACUGGUGAUAGAUGAAAAUUUAUGUAUUGUUAUCAGUGAGAUACAUUUUUCAAGACAAAAAUGUUCUUCCUGUACUUUGUACAUCUUUCUUGUUAGAAUUUCCAGAAUACAUGUACAUAAACAUAUAAUGAAAAUUGGUUCCCUUAACUAUGUGAAAACAGAGACAAGUAAAAUCUUAAUUUAGUAGAAAACCCCAUAUUUCAUGGUUCCCACAUUCCUGGAAAUUAAUGUUUCAUGGCUAUGUUGCUUCCACAGUAAAAUAUUACAGCUUUUCUGGUGACAUAAUGAACCUCGAGAGUAAAGGAACACAAGCACUCCAGAGGCUUAAAUGCAUCAGAUUGCUGCAGACUGAAUAAUAUUUUGAUUUCCUCCUUUUCCAAGUUAUAUUUUGAUCAAGAACUCCCAGUCAACCAGUGUAGGCCACCCUUAAAUGUUCAUGGAUUUGGUUAAGGGCCAUUCUUAGCUUAUCAGUUCAGGGCUCUCUGAACUUUACCAUAAUGUAUAACAAUAAUAAUGAUUCACAAAUUUCAAACAGAAGACCUUGCUUAGGAGUCACCUAUGUAUCAGUUACUCUUGGGUGUUCAAAGGCUGGAUAAUCAACUCAGUUGCUCUGCCUCAACUUUCAGGGUAUUUGAACCUUGCAUUUAAAGAAGUCUUUAACUCAUCAGGCUGCAGUGGGAGUUUGAGUCCCAUUUGUUUGGUGCUCAUUUAGAACUCGCUCCUCAUCCCAAUGUCACCAGAAAUUUAAUCCAAGACCAAGACCUUGGCUGAGGCAAGGUUCACAGAACAUUCAGGGUUCUUAAAACUGAAGUCCUUAUUCACCACUGACAUGUAAUUACUGCAAUACCCAAUUAGCCCUUCAAUCAGAUGUUUCUCCCAGGCAAGCCACUCAAGGAAUGGCUAAGCUUAAGUGCAGUAACACCUACUUCUGCCUUGUCACCACCAAAGCUCUCAUUGAUGCUUGGUGUUCCCACAUCAGGUUCAGUGCCUCUAUUCUAUGUGACAGAAGGCCAAAUGUUAUCUUUAUUACACAGAUGUGAAGUUCCUUGCAAAAGAGAUCCUCAGGCCCUGACAGUAUCCCCCAAAUACCACUGCAACCCAAUGUAGGGAAGCAAUUAUUACAGCAGUCUGAACAGUAAUCCCAACUGUUCAGCUUCAGCAGCCAUCAAAGCUCAAGCUGUUUGUGUUCCAAAGGGAAUUCAGGCAUUACAAACAUCCUUUCAUUCCUAAUUGGAGGAGAGAGCCAUCAUUUUGAAACAUAUUGUUGAACGGAUGUUCUAAAAUAUUUUGUUUCAGAAAUAUUGAAAUUAUCUUAUCAAAUAUUUUUAGUGUGAAUUAUUUGGAUAUUUAAGUAAUCUAGUCUAAGUUGACAUGUUAUGUGAAAUGAUAAUAUAAUACAUUACAGGGUACUGUAAUAGUUGAAGUGAAAUAUUAGUUCCCUAUAGAAUAGUCUUAAUAAAAUCUGUACAUGCCGUGCCCCCAAAUUUUCUUAAACAAGCCGGAAUUUCCAGAGGAGACAGUCAUUUCAAGAGAAAAGGUCCUGGUAAGGAAUAUUUGCCCAAGCUCUUUUUCUCCAGACAUAUCCCAUGGAUUCAGGCAGCCUGCAGUGUGCCUGAUCUAGGGAGCAGCCAGCUUAGACUCUUUGACAGGCAGGAAGAAUAAACCGGCACCUCCAGAGCCAUUCAGACCACCUCAGAGCUGAACUGGCUUGAAACAGAGUCUCUCCUCUCCCUAGUGUUUGUGCAGUAGGAAUGUAAGUGCAUCCUUGUUACGACAGUUCAGCAUCUUCAUUGUUCAAAUCAAUCACACCUGCGGUUUGAUCUGAGGAGCUGCAACCAUCAAAACCAGAAAAAAGGCACAGGCUUUGGUAGUCAAACACCCAUUUAAAAAUCAAAGUCAUGGAACUCAGACACAACAUUAACAGGAGCAAUAUAUCACUGCAUAAUGCCAACUGACAAAAACUUUGCCUGUUAUUCCACUGAGUGCCCUAACUACUUUAUGCCAUUCACGUCACUUUGUUUUGGUGUUUUUUUCUAAACUCUCUUAAUCCAGCCCUCCCAAGACAUUUAC